AUGUCUUCUUCCGCCGCGCCCACCAAUUCCGUCCAAUCAGCAAGCAUAGGUACGUCUCAAAGCCCCGCCGUCGUCCCCAACAGCAGAAAGAAGGGAAAUAAGAAAAGAAAGAGCAACAAGAACGGCCCUGCUGGCGGCAACCACACCAACGGUGCCUCUGGUGUGCAAAACCCCCCUGUGCCUGAGACGGACAUCAACGGAGAAGACGAUGGCGCUGAGGGCGCUCCGGAAGAGGAAGUGUCAGAAGAGUUAGAUGCACGGGACCUGAACGCACCAGCUCCGCCACCAGGCCAAGACGCCGCGUCAGAGAAGCCGGGAGCAGGACCGGGCGGUCCCGACACAGAAGAAGCGGAUACGGAGGCGGAGGAGGGCCCGCCAGCGGCUGCCGCGAACCAUUCGAAGCCUGCCGUCAACGGCCAUGCUGGCGCAAACGGAUACUCACCAGCCAAGAUCAUAUCAGGGGCGGCGAGCGCCAAGUUAGAAGCCAUGGCAGAAGACCAUGAGGCCCUGCGGCUCGAGGUGGAACAGCUGCGGAAGCAGCUCGAGAGCAUACAGGAGGCCCACGCGCAGGAGAUCACACAAUUGCGGGCCGACUUGGAUGAGAGCGAGGCGGCCAAGGAGCACGCCGAAACACAGUAUCAAACAUUGCUAGGCCGCGUCGAGAAGAUCAAGGAGACCCUCGGUGACCGUCUGAAGCGGGACAAGGCUGAGCUGGAGGAAGCCAAGGACCGCGUUGAGGAGCUUGAGGUGCAGAACGAAGAGCUGCAACGGACGGUGGCCGCGCGCGAGGAGGAGGCCGAUCGCUUGAAGAAUGAAGUGCAGGAGCAAGGGCGCGAGCUGGCCAGCUUGCGCAGCAGGAGCAACCUGUCGCAACAGAACUGGCUGAAGGAGAAGGAGGACAUAGCACGGCAGGUGCAGCACCUCAAGAGCGAGCUGGAGUCGACGACUGCCGCCAUGGGCGAGUGGGAAGUGAUUGCCAUGGAGGAGCGCUCGUUGCGUGAGAGCCUGGCGGAUAAAGUGUCUGACCUGGAAGAGCAGGUGAGCAGCGCUCGUGAGGCGUACGAGAGGGCGGAUUCCGACCGGGAUGCCCAGUCGCAAGCCGUCGACCGUCUCCAGCGGGCACUGCAGGAGCUCCAGGAGACGCGGAAGAAAGAGCUGCGUGAGAUGGUCGAGUCGACGGAGGAACAGGUGCAGGCGCUUAAGAAGCGCGCGGAGGAGGCGGACGCCAGGGCAGCGGCCGCCGAAACGGCCAAGACAGCACUGUCAACAGAGCUCGAACGGACGGCGCCAUUCGAGAAGGAGGUGAAGGAAAAGAACUUGCUGAUCGGCAAGCUACGGCAUGAAGCGAUCGUGCUGAACGAUCAUCUUACAAAGGCCCUCAAAUACAUCAAGAAGACAAAGCCCGAAGAGACAAUUGACAAACAACUCGUGACGAACCACCUUCUCCAGUUCCUCUCCCUUGACCGCUCCGACCCCAAGCGAUUCCAGAUCCUCCAAGUCAUGGCCAACCUGCUGAGUUGGAACGACGAGCAGCGCGAGAAGGCGGGUCUCGCAAGGCCAGGCACCUCCUCGACGAGCGGCAACACCCUCCGGCUGCCGACUUCCCCGUUCCACCGGACGCCAAGCUCACCCGCACUCAACAGCGACUUCUUUUCUGAGCCAACGCCGCUGUCAACGACCAGUGGGAAAGAAUCGCUUGCGGACCUGUGGGCUAGCUUUCUGGAGCAGAGCGUCGAUGAGGCCGCGGGCGGGCCAUCUAGAAAGGAUAGCAUGUCCAGUGUCGCGACUGGAGGGGGCAGGCCUGAUACCAGGGGCCAUACCUAACUAGAGUUAAUGUGAUACCCAGGACCGGGGACGUGUAUGAUGGGGCUACUGUGAGUACAAGGGUAAAGGUGUUAUGUUACCCUUGGAAUCUGCCCAUUACUGUAUCUAAACAGCGAAAGAAAUCGCGGCGGCGUUUGUGAGCAGCGGGUUGUUUGGCUAGAAUAAACACACUGUUAAGCGGUCGACACGCUCUACAAAGCAGGGAUACUGAGACAAACAAUGACGGUUUCCAAAUUGAGC